AUGACUUCACUAGACUCACCUGCCGCGACGCGGGAAAGUACCGACAACUUACUUGAGAAACAUGGAUGCCACCUCGAGGAUGGCAACACAGUGUGCUGGAACGAGGAUAGCAAGGAUCACCCUCGAAACUGGGGCCUCUUUGCAAAAUGCUACACGACUGUACUCAUUGGUUGGGUCGAGUUGUACAUGACUGGUAUCAGUUCAGCCGGAACCGCAGCGUCGAACUCUGCUCGUAUGGAGUAUGGCAUGAGCAGAACACUUGGAGUCUUCGCCUUUGUCACCAUGUACCUACUCGGCCAGACUAUUGGUGGUAUCGUCUGCGCUCCAAUCUCCGAAACCUUUGGUCGACGCACAUUAUACAUUGGAUCCUCGGCCGUCUUCUGUGUCUUCUCAGUAAUAACAGCAGCCGUACCCUCUUCCACCGCCGUAUACUUUGGUCGCUUCUUUCAAGGUCUUGCAGCGGCCGUGCCUGCUUGCGUCGCAUACGGCAGUAUUGAAGAUAUGUGGGCCGCUCAAAUUCGAAUUUGGGUAGUGUACUGGUACACUGUGUCCGGCUUCAUUGGGCUCGUGCUGGGUCCCAUCUACUCUUCGUACAUCACUCAUGUGUUCGGCUGGCGAGUGGUCUUCUAUGUCUCUGCUGUGGUGGCCGCAAUUUCAACAUUCCUGUCGUUCUUCAUGAAGGAGACCAAGGCCACACAACUGUUGCAGAGAAAGGUAGACUCUAUCCACUCGGAGACAGGCCGCGACGACUUGAACGGGCCCGAAUCCUCUUCAGGAUUCUCAUUGAAGUCUUUUGCGAAAGACUCUCUCUUCCGUCCAUUGGAGUUCCUUGUUACCGAGCCCAUCGUCUUCUUCUGCGCCGCUCUCUGUGCCAUUGCUUUUGGAUUGAUCUAUGGCCUGACAGAAGGUCUAACUGUUGCCUAUACCAACCCACCCUUUGACAGGACCUUCUCGGAGACAUCUUCUUCGUUAGCAUUCAUCGCCCUUCUCAUUGGUAUUCUCCUGGACGUCCUACCACGAUUUUAUGAUGACUACCUGUUCAAAAAGUUCCGCAAGGAGCACCGCCGUCUUCUUCCAGAAACCAAGAUCAGAUCUUUCGCGCUUGCAUGUCCAGCUCUUGCUAUCGGUCUCUGGAUUUUCGCCUGGACGAUCCCACCCAGAGUCACCAAUGUCCACUGGGUCGUCUCUAUGAUUGGCCUUGCCUGUGUAGGCUUCGCUACUGCUGAUUUCAGUUAUGUGCUUUUCGGUUACUGCACUGAUGCUUACGGACCAAUGGCUGCAUCGGCCGUGUCAUCGCUUAGUACUUGCCGUACCAUCGCAGCUGCCGUCUUCCCUCUGUUUGCAUACCAGAUGUUUUCGGGCUUGGGAGCGAACAUCGCUGCUUCCAUCCUGGCUGCGGUAGCGACAUUAUUUGCUUUUACUCCCUUCUUGUUCCUCAAGUAUGGACGCACGCUGAGGAAGAAGAGUAAGAUGGCUGCUGAUGACGAGGAUUGUUUGACGGAGGAGAAUAAGCAUAUGGAUGAUGAACCGAGCAAGGGUGAUGCGGAGAAGAAAACAGAAAGCGCAUAA